UAUGCUGUCGACCGAAUCGGCGCAGAUAAAUUACAACAGUCUGACAUGAAGAAUUCUGAGACUCAGCUUAUCAGAGAGUAAGUACAUUUGCGUCGGCACAUUUGACGUCAUGCUUAGAUCUGAGGCCAACAUCCCGAACCUUACCGCCUGAAUCCCGCAAAUGCUACAAGAUUUCAUCAUUACCUAGUCACCUAUGCUACUUUCCUAACCCGCCCCUAUGAGACAAAUAUAAAGGGGCCUACUCGCAUUAAAAAUAGCCAAGCUCUCAUAUAUCCACAUAUGUCAUGGUCAUAUUCGAUGCUCACUGUGCAUAUCUUCACAUUCGGUUAGCAUCUUUCCGCACUGUCUCUAAACGGUCGUGGAUGCUUCCUACUUGUUCCUAUCACAUGGCUUCACAACUCCAUAAUGCUCGUAAAGGGGUUUCCUUGCAAGAACUUUUCAAGUCCAAUGUUUUCACAUCCAAGCUUCCUGCGGACCCUGCCUUUGAGACACCAGAAAUAUCACAUCGAGCUCCUCGUGAGGCCUUGGGUCCGCGUUUAGUGAGAGGUGCGCUUUAUACAUUUGUGAGACCUGAGCCGGCAGAGGAAUAUGAAGUUCUGGGAGUUAGUCCGAAGGCCUUGGAAGAUCUUGGGCUUGCCGCUGGAGAACAAUUCACCCCCCAGUUCCGCGGUUUGGUGUCCGGAAAUGAUUUUCCUUGGGGUGAAAAUGUCGGUGGGAUAUAUCCUUGGGCACAAUGUUAUGGAGGGUGGCAAUUUGGCUCAUGGGCUGGCCAACUAGGAGACGGGCGUGCCAUCAGUCUUUUUGAGAGCACAAAUCCAUAUACGGGCAUUCGCUUUGAGCUGCAGUUGAAAGGAGCUGGUCGAACUCCGUACUCACGUUUUGCCGACGGCAAAGCUGUACUCCGGUCGAGCAUCAGAGAAUACAUUGUAUCUGAAGCUCUUUCGGCACUCGAUGUUCCAACGACCCGAGCCUUAGCCAUUACUCUAUUACCCCAAUCGAAGGUUUUGCGAGAGCGCAUUGAACCAGGAGCUGUUGUGACUCGAUUUGCGGAGUCUUGGCUUCGUAUUGGAACUUUUGAUCUCUUGCGUGCGCGCGGAGAUCGUGAUCUGAUUCGAAAACUUGCGAUGUAUGUCGCCGAAGAAGUCUAUCAUGGUUGGGAAACUCUACCAGCUGCUGUGUCUGUGAGUGAUGACCAGCAUUUAACUGCCAUAAAUGAUCCUCCUAGGAAUGUCCCAAAGGAUGAAGUUCAGGAGUAUUACGGGAUGCAAGAAAACAGGUUCAGCAGACUCUAUCGAGAGAUUGCACGCCGUAACGCCAAAACCGUUGCCGCCUGGCAAGCCUAUGGUUUCAUGAAUGGUGUCCUAAAUACGGACAAUACCUCGAUUCUCGGCCUAUCAAUGGACUUUGGUCCCUUUGCGUUUAUGGAUAACUUUGAUCCCCAGUACACGCCGAAUCACGACGACCACCUACUGAGAUAUUCUUACAAGAAUCAGCCGAGUAUCAUCUGGUGGAAUCUGGUCAGACUCGGUGAAUCACUUGGGGAACUCAUCGGGGCAGGAGACCGAGUUGACCAUGAAGAUUUCAUAAGAGAAGGACUGACCGAAAGCGCUGCACCAGCUGUAAUUGAACGUGCUGAGAAGCUCAUUGAAAAAACAGGCAAGGAAUUCAGGGCUGUAUUCUUGAAUGAAUAUAAGCGCCUGAUGGGAAGGAGGUUGGGCCUUCAAACGAAGAAAGAGGCCGAUUUCCAAGCUUUGUUCUCUGAGAUGCUUGACAUGAUGGAGGCACUGGAGCUGGAUUUUAACCAUUUUUUCAGAAGACUUUCGAAUAUUACGCUUGCGGAGAUCGAGACAGAAAUUCAAAGAACGGAAACGGCGUCACGAUUCUUCCAUAGUGAAGGAGUUAGCAGUAUCGGGUUCACAGAAGGAGCUGCUAAAGAACGCAUCGCGCGCUGGCUUGAGAAGUGGAGAAUCCGCAUCUUGGAAGAUUGGGGCCUGGAUGCUGAUGCGGCGAGGCAGACGGCUAUGAAAUCGGUGAAUCCGAAUUUUCUACCACGCGGCUGGAUUCUUGAUGAAGUCAUUGACCGCGUGGAGCACAAGGGUGACCGUGAUAUACUUGGACGAGUUAUGCAGAUGGCGCUGAACCCCUUUGAAGAAGAUUGGGGGUUCGACAAAGAUGAAGAGCGGCGGUUCUGUGGCGAUGUCCCAAAAUUCAAAAGAGCCAUGAUGUGCAGUUGUAGCUCGUGAAAGAGGUUCCCUUUAAUUUGAACGCUGUCUUUAAUGAAAUGAGAGUCUCUUUCUUAUAUAGUACCGUCGACGCCUUACCUAUCUGGAUUGAGAUCUCAGACACAGUCACAUGACAUGAAGUAGAGAUUUACACAGCUGUGGGGAUAGCAAGAAACUACACAGUA